AUGCAGGACGCCUGCAGAUACCUGUACAAAGAACCGGAGCUGAUACUCCGAGUUCAGCCAUCGGUCUGUCCUGAGCACGGGGGUCUUCUUGUGACUGUGAUUGGAGAGCAUUUCACAGCUAGUGAAGAUGCUGUAUGUAGAUUUGGCUCUAGCGGAGAGGAUGGGGUCUCAGUCUCAGCUCGGCUUUUGAUUUGUCGGUGUCCAGCAAAUCGUGCGGGGGAGGUGUACUUGGAUGUAAGCAGCAAUGGUGUAGAUUAUUCGUUGAACAAGAUUCCCUUUAUGUAUACGUCACAAGUGAUCAUCCUCUCCAUCUAUCCAAGCGUCGCAGUUUCUUCUGUCAAGACAGUUGUGCAAGUACGUACGACGCCUGUCCUUUCUUCUGCUUUGCUUUGUCAUUUUGGGAAUCAAAGUGCGGUAGCAGUCUUAGAAAGUAGCAGCAUUCUCUCGUGUACGACCCCAGCGCAUUUGCCUGGUGAUGUAGUCUUGCGCAUAGAAGAAGCAGAGCACCAAUUUUCCACGGGCGUCACGUUUGCCUUUCUUGAAGCUCCACGAAUCAUGUCUUUAAACCCGAGCACGUGCUCGUCAGGAAUCAGCAUGAUUCGAAUAGUGGGCAGUGGGUUCGACAAAUCGGGUGCCAUCUGCAUGUUAGGGCAGGAGGUGAAGGUCGACGCGGAGGUACGUAGUACAUCAGUAGCCCUUUGCAAAUCAUCGGCUCCAAGAGACAGGAAAAACGUGGAAGUGAAGCUUGUUUUCAACGCUUUGCAGUAUACGACGAAUGGACUGAUGCUAUACCACUAUGAAAGUCCCAUGAUCAUGAAGAUAAUCCCUUCAGUAGUAUCAAACCAAGAUGCGAGGGUCUUGACCGUAUAUGGAGACUCUUUUGUGAGCGGUGGAAGCAAAGUUUUCUUGCACAUUGGAUCCAGCAACAUGCUUGAAACUUCACUGGUCUCCAGCACUAAGCUUUUGUGCUCAAUUCCCAUGUUUCAAAAUAUGGGCAAUUUCUCCGUUUUUUUGUCGUUUGAGAGGGGUGGUACCAGCGUUUCUCUAAAGGGUUUCUGGUUCGAUGCAGGCAUUGGGAGUUGUUUCUUUGGCAACGUCAGUGUCAAACUUUCAGUUACUUCUUCUUCCUCUGCUGUUUGCGUGACACCACCAUCCAAAACGGGCUUAGUUUCAUUCAAGAUGAUUUUUAACGAAGUCAUCGUAUUGAAUGAGAAAUUUUAUUAUCAAGAUAGGAUGGAAAUCAUGUACGUGGACACCUAUCCUCUGUUUCGAUCUGGUAGAUUGAAGUUUGACCGUCACUUCCAAAAGGCUGCUUCGGUAAUCAGUUCCUCAUGUAUAUUUUGUUUUAUACCGACCAUGCGUGCUGCUGGUAUCGACCUUGAAAUCUUCAAUUUUGAGAUGCAAGAAGACAUCACAAUACGACUUAUUGGGUUCUUUCAUCCUCUGAAAUUAUCGUUCAAGUUCCUCAUCUGUCACCCGGAAAACAUUAUGUCAAAGUCUCAAUGA